AUGACGUUCGGCUCCAUCGAUCACCCUAGACCAGAACCUCAUCAGGCGAUUUUUCGCUGCCAAUACCCCGAAAAGGUGAUCUGCCCCGGUGAUGGAGCCCAUUUGUAUGCGAUCGAAGGAGACGAGGUGUACUUGAUCGUCCAGUCGACAGGCGGUACUGCGGCUGCUCGCUAUCGGCAUUAUAGGAUCUGGUGCAAGAAUUUUCGGCGGUCUACGCCGUGGGAGCGCAUUUUCGAAUUUGUGGCUGGAGAAGCUCACCUUCCGGUGUUUAACUACAAACUCGGCAGAACGUUUUUGCUUGUAAAUACGAUCGAGGGUAAAUGGGAGUUGUUGAGCGUAGGGCGAGAAGGAGAUCUGAAGAAAUGGGAGUUGCUGAAUUCAGAAAUGCUGAACAUUUCAAAGGAUAGAUUCGGAAUUAGCCACUGUACCCCGAAGGACGAGCCGCGUUUUUAUGUGUUUACCCAUGAUGCAGAAAAAGGGUACCCAUCUCAUCUAUGGGAAUUGGUCCCGGUGACUCGCGGCAAAUGUCGGCUAAUCCUCGCUACUUAUCAACCCAAGCUAAGAUCCGGACUUCUAGAUGCGGUGGUGAUUGGUGGUGGCAUAAAAUGGCUUUUAAUUCCGCAUAGAAGUCCCGCCGUUUAUGUUGGUAAUUUGAAAGACGGACGCUUCCGAGUUUACCAUGUCGCUGACACACGCGAAUUUCAGUUACCGCUAGAAUAUCUCCAAGAAGCAAAGAUGGAGAUCUACUCCGUCGGUGAUCUCAUCUUCGGAUGUCUUCGCAUCGGUAAUGAGCUCCAUAUCUACCGACUAUAUUUCAACACCCUCUUCCGGACCAUUAAUUUAAGAAAGGUAGCCGAAACCACUGGAUGGAUGCUUCAUGCACAAAUUCGCCCCGCUCCGCCGUUCUGCGCCAAUCGGGAAUACUUGGCUAUUGAUGGGGGACAUGAAGUUACGAUUUUUACAAUGGUGUUGAAGCCAAAUCCCGGUUCUUGGAUUCGAAGAGCCAUCCGUAGGAUCCGUGCAAAUUUGAUCAAGUGGUUCCUGCCCUUCAAGCGAGACCGUGCCGAAUGUUGUGGAAAA